GGAUCUGCGCCGCCCACUGCUUGAUGUUCUGCAGGUGCUGUAUGCCAGCCAGCCCGAGGAAAGCAUCGGCGUCGAUGCCGAACACGUCGAGGGCCCAGCGGAACAGCUUCGGGUUGGUGUUGCCCAUGGCCAUCCGGACGUCAGCCGCCGUGAUGCCCCUCCGCUGCUGGUGGGCCCGCACGACGAUGUCGACCAUACGACGCGCAUCGUCCAGCCCACACUGAGUCGACGGAUCAUACCUGGGUGACACCACGGUUGGGUGGAUGACCACACCCGCCCAUCGGUGUUUGCGCCUACUUGGUGAAUCGUCCGUAGAGUGUGCUGUUUUCGCCGUCCGGCAGCGACUUGGCCGCCGCCUGCGUCAUAGUCACCGUAACGCCGCGGGUCUGCUGGACAAUCGACAACAACUGAAACAACACGCCACCACACGACGGCGGAAGGAUGCAGCGAUGCACCAUGGCAUUUAACCUCUCUCGUGUCUGUACCCACCUGAUCAUCCUCUACGUCGCCCGUCUUGAGCAUGGGCUCGAUGGCGUCCAAGCGGGCCAUCUCGGCCGCCUUCUCGUGAUCUAUUCCCUCCAACUCCCCCAGCAGAUUCUUCCCCAUACCCACCACACCGCCACCGGCACCGCUAUCGUCACCGAUGUCGUCCAUAAUGCCACCGUCCCCCGCGCCGCCGGCCCGGGGCCGCUUGGUCGACGGGUUGUUCACCAGCCGGCCAAACCAGUAGCUGACGCACACAAAUCGCCGCACACUUCGACAAACAGUGCCCAUCUUGGCUCGGCACUGCGUCUGCCUGCCUCACCUGUACGCCAGGUCACUUUGGUUGGACUCGUGUAGGGUGAUGGCAUCGAUCUCUCCACGCUCGUAGCCCUGCAACUGCUCUACCAUCCUAAACCACACCAAACCACGUCCACACACAGCGGCAGAACACAUGAGUCAGUGACGCAUCCCGUCGCUCUCCUCCUCUUUGCUUACAUGCUGAACACAGGAGGGUACACGGGAAGGAAUAUGCGACCCUCCGAGUCGCGCAGCACGGCCCUGUCGAAGCGGCCGUCGAACAGGGUGGCCAUCACGGUGCCCUUGGCCGCACAGAGGGCCGACCGCUUCACACCGCGAAGAAGCUCCCCGCUCACGUUGAUGUCGAUCUUGUCGUCCAUCCUCUCUGCCGGCAGCUGCGUGACGUCUGCAGUGCCGCCCAUCGCUGUGACCCUCUCGCUGAUCUCUCUGUCGAUUUUGUCAGCCUCCUCGAUGAUGAGGGCCGCCUGCUGUCGGACUGCGGCGAGCUGAGAGGGGAGGCCGCCGCCAUCGCCACCAUCUGGCGACGGCGAGGGCUCUUUGCGCUUGUAUCCGCCGCUCAU